GGGAAUUGGGAUACCCCACCAAUGCAUUCCUCAUCCUCUGAAAGCGAUGACAUGCCUGUCAUCACCGAAGUCUCCGACGAAGACUAUGUUUCUGGAUUUGAAAACAACGACAACGACGAUGACGAUGAAGAUGUCGACAGCGAGGAAGCGGAAGACGAACAGGGAGAUGGUGGAAGAGCCUUUGAUUUGUCAGAUUCUGCAACCACAAACGAUUCUAGCCAAGAAAUCAAGUCUGAGGGGCAAGAUGAGGAUUUGAGGUCUGGUUCCUCCACUCCAGAGAAAUCUGAACCAAGUCUACCAGCAGAUAUUCAUGACAUGAAAGAUAAUGGUGUCCCAAAAUCUGCUAUUGGAUCCCCGUCAGAUAAGAAACCCCCUCGUGAUGUUCCAAGAGUCUAUGAUGAAGCUUAUUUAAGUAACAGCGGUCCCUUGGGUGCUCACAACACCAUAUCCUUGUCUGAACAUAAGAAAGUUGUAGGUGCUGAGACCCUGAUGAGUAAUGGCUCCAGCAAGAAGGAUUCUAAUGUCAUUCUAAAUACUGCGAAUGAGACUAAGCUUAUGGAUAUCGAGGAAGGGCAGAACCUCAAGCUAAGGGUAUCAAGUUUUCCUACUUCCCAGAAAAGGCCUAGAAAUUUGUCCCCUGGUGCUGACUUUGAGGACCAAAGCAAACACCCUGCAAUUGUUUGUGACUUUUUUGCUAGAGGUUGGUGUAUAAAAGGGAGCUCUUGUAGAUUUCUGCAUCUGCAAGAUGGUACUGGUAAGAGAGAUGUGCCUGUUGCAAGUUGGAAAAAUGAACUUGAUGUGGAUGCAGGUUUGAGACAAGAUAUGGAUACAUCAAAAUUUUCUGCUUUUCCUGAACCAUUGGCUUCUUCAGCAAAGUGUCAUUUCCCUUCAGAAGGAUUCCUACCCAGGGAGCAUGAAGAAAAGCAUAGGUGGCAUCAAUUUCCUGAAGACCAUAGGUUUUCUUCCUUCCAGAGAGGCAGCCCAUCUGCAGGCAUAUUACAGGAAGCUGGUGGGUCAACAUCACUACCCAACCAUGACCUUCAGACAUUUUCUUCAACUAGAGCUGAUCAUGGGCUUGCCUCCUCUUUCGGGGAUGUAGCCAGGGAGAAUACAAGGCAAUUUUUGUGUACAGAUGAAUUUAGCAUGCAUGCUUCACCUGUUGUUCAGGGUGAUUUUCCUAAAUUUGAUACUCGUGCUAGGGUUUGGCCAGCCAAUUGUUCUGAAUCAUGGGCAUCCUCUAUCCAAGAAGAUUGUAGUCAGAAACCUCUUUCUGCCAAGACAGAUAAUAAAGUGUCAGAUAUGGAAGAAUUUGUCAGAGGUAGGUUGGUUCCUGAUUGCAGAUUGUUUUCAAGUGCCUCAAUUUUAUCAUCUAGUAUGUACAGAGGCAGUAGCAAUCCCUUUGUUUAUGACAGAAGUGUGAAGGAACCAGCUAGUCCAAAACAGCAGAGUCAAUCUAUCAUCUAUGAUCAUACUUCUUCCAUAAGCAUAUCACCAUCACACCAUACUGCCUGUCCAGGAGGUUCAUCCUCGUAUAUCUCUUCCUCUGUAAAUGGUUUGGAUGGUGAUAGGGGUUAUCAUGCUUCUCGUUCUGCGUCCUUGCCUCGAAUUUCCUCUUCACCAUUUUACUCAAGAUUGGAAGCAGACCACUUGCCUCUACAUGGUGUUCCCAAGGAUCUAUCGACCUCUGCAGGCUCUGCAGGACAUAAACUACAAUCUAUUUCAAAUGACUGGGAGCCAUCUGUACCUUUUCAACCAUCUUUUUUCUUUGAUCCUGCAAAUAUAUUAUCUCCUGGAAGCCAAUAUCACCCCCGUCUUGAUAGCAUUGAGCCACCUAAUGGAGGACACAAGUCCUUUGAAGUUUCUUCCUCACGUCAUGGGGUGGGCAUCCGGCAUAUGUCACAUCAGCAGACAAACCAUGACCCUGGUUUAACUUGGUCACAUGGCCCAGAAUAUAAUGCUGAUAAACAUCCACUUUCAUUUAAUCAGCAGUCCCAUGCCAGUGUAAUGGAAAAGAAUAUUCAUUUUCAUGGCUUGCAUAUGGCUGCUGAUGAGACUACUGGAAUGUCUGUAGCUGAUAACCAAACUAAAGUUUCUAACUAUAGAGAAGGGAAUAGUGAGGGGCCUAGCCAUGGCAUUGUUGUAGAUGUUGCAAAUACAAAAGAGAUAAGUCAUGAUCCCAAUCCUAGAUAUCAAACAGAUGCUAGAGACAAAAAGGAAUCAAAAUCAGGUAGGGGUAAAUUUAUCAAUGAAAUGGAUCUUCAUCCAAAUCCCGGACAAAAGCAAGAUGUGGAUGCACCAAGCAAGGAAUCAAAAGCUCUUAAAAUUUUCCGUACUGAUCUUGUGGAAUUUGUGAAAGAAAUGGUAAAACCGUUUUGGCAUGAGGGUCAUCUGAGCAAGGAUGCACACAAAACUAUUGUUAAAAAAGCAGUUGACAAGGUCAUUGGAACAUUGGAGCCCCAUCAAGUUCCUAGUACAACAGAAUCAAUUAACCAAUAUCUUUCUUUUUCCCGAUCUAAAAUUUCAAAGCUUGUUGAGGGAUAUGUUGAUAAGUAUGCCAAAUCGUCUGCUGCCAGUGGCUGAAUGGUAUUACUUUUGUACAGUUAGCUACAUUUGUCCCUAACUUGAAGUUAUAAAGCAGUUGUUCAAGUCUAUCUUGGACUUUACUAUUACUAGCAAACACUGAGAUUCAUGUGGUA